ACGGGAGAGGAAAGCCCGGGGGCCACCGCCGGGAGAGAAGAGAGAGCCGGGGUCCGGGGUUCAGUGCAGGGCGGCGGUCGGGCAGAGCAGAAGGAACCGGGACACAAGUUUGGGCCGAGGAGCUGGACUGUAAAUCCGAGAAGUGGCUGUUCUCGGGGGUCGGGGCUGGGUGACCGAGCCAUGUCCAAGCUCCAGGAGGCCAUCGUACUGGAGGAAGAGGAGGAGGAGGAAGAAGACGCCUCCACCAGCUAUGGGACCGCGGAUGACGACGACGACGACGGGGAACCCAAGAUCUGCCGCGCAUGUGGGGACCGAGCCACGGGGUACCAUUUCAAUGCCAUGACCUGCGAAGGGUGCAAAGGGUUCUUCAGGCGGGCGAUGAAGAGGGACCUGCGGCUGAGCUGCCCCUUCCAGAACUCCUGCGUCAUCAAUAAAAACAAUCGGCGUCGCUGCCAGGCCUGCCGGCUGAAGAAAUGCCUGGACAUCGGGAUGAAGAAGGAAAUGAUCAUGUCGGACGAGGCGGUGCAGCGGAGACGGGCGCUGAUUAGAAGGAAGCAGGGGCAGUCUCUGGCCCCCCCGGCGAUGUCCGCGACCUGUCUGUCCACGGAGCAGCUCAACCUCGUGGCUCAGCUGAUGGACGCCCACGCCAGGACCUUCGACUUCGAGUUCAAAUACUUCAGGGAUUUCAGGCCAAUCAGACGCACCUGGGACUCCGGCGACAAAGUCUGCUCUACCUCUCCGAAAGCCUUCGUGAUGCUACCUCACCUGUCCGACCUGGUCACCUACAUGAUCAAGGGCGUCAUCGACUUUGCCAAGAUCAUCCCGUACUUCAGGAAUUUGAAUAUUGAAGAUCAAAUCGCUCUCCUUAAGGGCUCGGCCUUCGAGUUGUGCAUCAUCCGAUUCAACAUCGUGUUCAACUACGAGUCCCAGACGUGGGAGUGUGGGGGCAUCACCUACAACAUCAACGACAUCGAGAUGGCCGGCUUCCGCCACCUGUUCCUGGAGCCGCUGAUCCGGUUCAACUGCAUGCUGAAGAGGCUCUGUCUGCACACGGAGGAGUACGUCCUGAUGCAGGCCGUGUCGCUCUUCUCUCCUGACCGCCCGGGCAUCCAGGACCGCCGUGCUGUCGACGAGCUCCAGGAGCUUUUAGCCCUGACCCUGAUGGUGUAUAUAGAUGCCCAGCGCCCACCUGCCCCGGGGAACAGGAUGCUCUUUGCCAAGAUCAUGGAGUGUCUGACGGAGCUCCGCAGCGUUACUUCCGAGCACAGCAAACAACUCCUGCAAAUCUUGGACAUCCAGGAGGAUGGCACCCCGCUGAUGAGAGAGGUGUUAAGCAAGCUGCCCGAGUGA